AUGAAGCUGAGGAAGAAGGGGCUGGAGGAUGAGAAUGCCACCUACCUGCCAUCACUCGAAGGGGACCUAGCUAGGGAGGAGUUGAAGGCUCGGCUUGGUGGCUUACCAGUGAAGGAGCUGCAGCAGGAAGCUUCAGCCAUGGUGGUUGGGAUGGAGAAGGUGGAAUUGGAGACCUUGCACAGGCGCAUGGGGCAUGCAAGCAUGGAUAGGGUCAAGGAGUUGGUAAAAAAGGGCAUGGUAAAAGGUGUGGCACUGAAGGAGGGGGCUGGAAGCAAGGGAAAAUGCAGCAAGUGUGUUGAAGGUAAAAUCACAAAGUCCCCUCACCCCCACCACCAGGUACAUGAGCCUUAUGGCACCUUGGACAUCGUAGCUGCCGACGUGUGUGGGCCUAUGAGGGUGGCAUCACGUCACGGCAGCCGCUACUUCGUUAUCUUCACUGAUUUGGGAACAAGGCACACAUGGGUGACGGAGCUGAAAGAUAAGGCAGAAGUGUUUCCUAGCUUCGUGACUUGGAUGGCGGAAGCGGAGCGGCAAAGUGGGAAGGUGCUGAAAGUUUUAAGGACAGAUAAUGGAGAAGAGCUUACUGGUGAGCUAUUCAACAAGUUUCUACAGAGUAAAGGCAUCCGACGGCAGCUGACUGUACCCUACACUCCACAGCAUAACAGCAUAGCGGAGCAGGUGAAUCAGUCACUACUAGGCAGUGUGAGGAGCAUGCUUGCCGACAGUAGGCUGCCACUGAAGUUCUGGGGUGAUGCAUUGGCAAUGGCUUGCUGGUCCAAGAACCGCCUACCUACGAAGGGACUUCAAGAAGAUAUGACUCCCCACGAGGCCUUCUAUGGCAGGAAGCCGAAUCUGGGGUUUGCACGGGUGUGGGGGAGUAUGGUGCAAUACAGAGAGCCAGCUGGUCCGGAUCAUAAGUUGCUGCCCAAGGCUCAUUGGGGGAUUAACCUCGGUACCUGCCCAGUGAGCAAGGGGUGGGUGAUAAAGGAUGUAAUUUCAGGAAAGGUCACGAUCACCCGGGAUGUUGUCUUCUACGAGGAGGUGAACUACCUGCAGUGGAAGGGAAUAGAGAAAGAGAUUGCAGCAGCAGGGACAGCAACUGCACCGGACAAGGUGGAGGAUCUUUUGGAGGAAAAGGAGAGUGAGGGAGUUGGAGAUGAAGGAGAUGAGGAGCUUGAAGAUGUGGAACGGGCAGAUUCAGUCGAUUGGGUGUGGGAGAAGGUACCAACCAGUGAAGCGGAUGAAACCAAUGGAGUGGAGAUAGCAGGGGAGCAGCCAAGCAAUGAAGUAGCUGAGGGUGGCAAUGAUGAAGUGGCUGGAGAAGAGGGAGAUGAAGAAUCAGCAGCUGAAGGAGAUAGUGAUCCUUGGAAGCUCCUAGAUAGUGAAGACAGCAAUGUCAAGAUGAGAGAGAUAGCGGACCUGCUUAAGGAAGGUGCCAUCAUCAUUGGAAGGGAAGCUAAAUCUGGAGAUGAGAAUGAGAAGGCAAAGGAGGAUCUCAGUGGAGAUGAGGCUGAAUCACCUACAGAGGAGUUGGGGAAAGGAAAGAGGGUGAAGAAACCAAACCCUCGCUCAUGCCUAUGCCGGAAGGGAGGAAAGCCGUGGGGGUGA